AUGAAAUUUGAAAUAUUCAUAUGCUUGGCUGCAAUAUUCAGUACUACAAUAAGUUGUCCAUCGAAAUGCACUUGUAAUUAUGCUAAAACUGAUUGUAGAGGAAAGGCAUUGCGCAGUAUACCGGAAAAUAUUCCACAUGAUACAAUUUUUCUCGACUUAAGAAAUAAUCGAAUCGUGAAAAUCUCAAAAAAAUCUUUUGCUGGCCUUCAGAAUUUACGAAUUUUGCAUGUCUCUCACAAUCAUAUACGAUCGAUUGAUCAUGACGCAUUUGAUGCUAUUCCAUCAAUUCGACGUUUUUUUGCUGCUGGCAAUCGUUUACAGAUUCUUCGAAGUUUUUCAUCAAAUCCUUUAAAAGAAUUGAAUGAAGCUGAUUUUCAUUCGAAUCAUAUUCGACUAAUCCAUUCCACUUUCAUAGAUAAUUUGCCAAAUGUUGAAUCAAUUAAUUUGGCUCAAAAUCAUCUACAAAAUUUACCCGAUAAUUUAUUUCAAUCAUCCAUUCACUCAAUAAACAUGGAAGGAAAUCCAGUAAAUUGCGACUGCAGAUGGAAAGAUUAUUUAAAAGAAUUGGAAGAACGUUUCGAAGGCUCACCUCGUUGUUUUUAUCCACCCGAGCUGCAGCAUAAACAUCUCAAAAAAUUGAACGAAAACGAUUUUAAGUGUUUACCGGUAAAAAUAUCGCAAAAAAAUAAUCAAACAGUACUAGGAUGCAGCGAACAUUAUGGAUCAUUUAUAUGGCUCUAUCAAAAUAAAGAAAUUGUUAAUGGCGAUGAAAAUUUUAAAAUUAAUUUGAAUGGUGAUCUUAUCAUUAUCAAUAACUCAAUAAGUGUUAACUAUAUUCAAUGUACAAAAUUUUGGUACACAAGAAAGCAGCGACAAGCCAUCGAUAUAUCAGCAGCACCUCGAUUUACUUUGAAACCAAAGAGUCGAUUAUAUCGCGAGGGAGUUAUUGCACGAUUAGAUUGCGAGGUGGUCGGAAAUCCACAACCUAAAAUACAAUGGUUUCGUCAUGGAAAAGCAUUGAAACGAUCGCGCAAAUACGAAAUGAAUUAUGAACAAACGAAUAUAAACAUUAAUCCUUUUUUAGAAUCCGAUGUUGGAAUUUAUACUUGUGUUGCUACGAAUAACCAUGGGCGCAUCGAAGCAUCAGCUUCUCUAAAAAUGGUCUCAAGCACACCACCAGAAAUUUUCGAAGGUCCAAUGGAUCAAAUUGUGUCUGCUGGUUCAACGGUUCGAUUUAGGUGCUUAGCGAAAGCCAUACCUCGCGCAUCAAUCACUUGGUUUUUUGAUGGAAGCGAAGUACCCACUCUUCGAGGCCAUUAUUAUAUUUCAAACGAUCAAACAGAAUUGAUAAUUUCCGGCGUUACGAAAAAAGAUGAUGGAACAAUCUCUUGUAUGGCUGGCAAUACUGUUGGUUCUAUGACAGCAAACGCUCGAUUAGUAGUUUCUGGUGGUAAUAGAAAUUAUAUCCAAAAUUUUAAUAUUCAUCCCCUUUGGAUCACUGACGACGUGGUUCGAAAUGCCGCUCGAGAAGCUUCUGAAAAUGUCGAGAAAGCUAUUCAAGCAACCCAAAGAGGAUUAAAUGUAACUUCACCAGCCGAUCUUAUGAGAUGGUUUCAUUUCUCUGUUCCACAAACGAGUGAGUUAAGCCGAGCGCGAGAAAUAUAUGAAGAAAGCAUAAGGCUAAUACAAAAGCACAUUGAAAAAGCAGUUUUACAGUUUUACGUAACAGGUUUAAUUUUAUCGCCAAAUGAUCUCUCUCCAAAUGUGUCGUUCGAUUCCGUUUUGACAAAAUCACACAUGGAUAUACUAAUGCAAUUAGCUGGUUGUUCUGGUACUCAAAACAAAGAUCCUUGUAAUGAUCAGUGCUAUCAUUCCAGAUAUCGAACUUUCGAUGGACAAUGCAAUAACCAAGUGCAUACAAUGUGGGGAGCAAGUUAUAUGCGCUUUCGACGACUACUGCAGCCGAUUUAUGAAAAUGGCUUCAAUAUUCCUGUUGGAUGGAAUCCAACUAAACUUUAUUAUGGAUUUCGCAAGCCGAAUCCAAGAAUGGUAUCCAAGGAAGUGAUAAGAACUCAUUCAAUCACUCCUCAUGAAAAAUAUUCAGCAAUGUUAAUGCAAUGGGGACAGUUCAUAGAUCAUGAUUUGGACUUUACAGCUACAGCAAUAAGUCGUCACGCCUAUGCAACUGGAGCUAUAUGCAAUAAUACAUGUGAAAACAUCGAUCCAUGUUUCAAUAUUCCUCUUAACAGUGAUGAUUUGAAAUUACUAAAAAGACAGCGCCACGCUUGCAUUGAGUUCGAAAGGUCAAGUGCAGUUUGUGGUUCUGGCGAAACAUCGCUAAUAUAUCGAAAUGUGGCUUAUAGAGAGCAAAUGAAUAUAAUAACGAGUUAUAUAGAUGGUUCUGGAAUUUAUGGUAGUAGAGAUGAAGACGCCUAUGAAUUGCGCGAGUUACAUCCAGACAGAGGACUUUUGCGAUAUGAUACGACGUCAGAAGUUGGAAAACCUUAUUUACCGUUCGAGAGAGAUUCACCAAUGGAUUGUAGAAGAAACCAUUCCAUUAACAACCCAAUUCGAUGCUUUUUAGCUGGAGAUUAUCGCGCUAAUGAGCAGGUUGGUUUAACUGCCAUGCAUACGAUAUUUCUGCGAGAGCACAAUCGACUGGCGACACAACUGAAUCUAGUAAAUCCACGAUUAGACGGCGAGACUAUUUAUCAAGAGGCUCGAAAAAUUGUAGGAGCUAUGCUUCAGCACAUCACAUUUAAUGACUGGCUUCCUAAAGUUCUUGGCAAAGCACAAUUUGAUCAGCUCAUCGGAUCAUAUCACAGUUAUAAGUUAGACGUUGAUGCUAGCAUAUCCAACGCUUUUGCGACGGCUGCUUUUCGAUUUGGACAUACCCUUAUCAAUCUGGUACUUAAUAGAUUAGACGGCGAAUUCAAACCGAUUGCAAGUGGACAUUUGCCACUAAAGGAUGCAUUUUUCGCGCCAGAGAUUAUCUUCACCGGUGAGGGUAUUGACCCAUUAAUUCGUGGCCUUUUUGCUUCACCUAUGAAAAAGCCGUUACCUGAGGAGCUUCUCAACAUGCACCUUACUGAGGAUCUUUUUAAUCGAGCGCAUGAAGUUGCUUUGGAUUUGGGAGCUAUAAACAUUCAAAGAGGACGUGAUCACGGACUACCUGGAUAUACGCAAUAUCGUAAAUGGUGCAAUUUAUCGGCAGUUGAAGAAUGGAGUGAUUUGUGGGGAAUUAUGCCGCCAGACGUUAUUAAAAAAUUGACAGAGUUAUAUGGCCAUCCUGGCAAUAUCGAUCUAUUCGCUGGUGGUAUAACUGAAAUUAGAAAAGAUGGUUCAUUAAUCGGACCUACUUUCUCUUGCAUUAUUGCUGAACAAUUUCGAAGAGUACGUGAUGGCGAUAGAUUUUGGUAUGAAAAAAAUGAUGUUUUUACAGAAGCGCAACUUAAUGAAAUUAAGAAAGUAACUCUAGCUCGUAUAAUUUGUGAUAACGCUGAUAAGAUAGAUCGAAUACAGCAAGAUGUUUUUAUUUAUCCUGGUCAGAAUAAGGAAUUUUACAAUCAAUGCUCACGACUCCCUCAUCUUGAUAUAAGGCCCUGGCAAUCUUGCUGUGAAGCUUCUUGUUCGAUAGCAGAUAAUCGUUACAGAGGAUUUCAACGAAGAAUUAUAUUAUAUUAUGAUGAAGCAGUAAAACUUGAAAAUGCCAAAAAUGCUACAUCAUCUCCCUGGCAAAAUUAUAUAUUAUUACAGACGAAGAAUGGAAUACAAUUGCCAGUGGAACGGUACACUCAUUGA